ACCUACCCCGCUUGUGCAAUUGGGUUCCUGGAACGGAAAAUCCAGCAGAUUUAGCAACCAGGAACAACAAGUUUGACUUCAAUACUACCUCGAUGUGGUUUUCUGGGCCACCAUUCCUCAGACUGCCCGAAAAGGAGUGGCCUCAAAAUAAUGUGACAGAAAUUCCCCUUGACGAAUGUCGUAUGACAAUUCCCACCUAUUCGAAAGAUAGGACAUUUGACUUGCUGCCAAACGUUGAAAGGUUUUCUCGUUGGACACGUUUGAUUAGAGCGACAGCUGCAGUGAAAUCGUGUGCGAUGUUUUGGCUGCAGAAAAUUCGAGAAAAGCCCCGAAAGUGUACAAAAUUGCCUUUGAGUGUCAGUGAUUUGAUUGAGGCUGAGAAACAUUGGUUCCGUGAGAUCCAACAAGCCAAAUAUUGUGACGAAAUUGAGGCGCUGAAAGGUAAACAAUUGAUUGAAAAGAAGAGCCCAUUGUAUACACUGUCGCCCAUCUUGGAUUCCGAUGGCAUUUUGCGCAUGAAUUCUCGACUGAUUAACAGCGAAUUGACUGAGAAAUAUCCUGUAAUUCUAGACCCGAAACACCCGGCAACAAAACUUUUGAUUAUGGAUGCCCACGUGAGGAAUCACCACCAGGGCAGAGAACAAGUCGUGAAUACAUUGAGAGAGAAGUACUGGAUACCGAAGAUUCGUGUGGCGGUGAAAAGUUCUUGGAACAAUUGCCAACAUUGUAAGAAUCUCCGUGCCAAACCAAGGGUCCCUGAGAUGUCAGCUUUGCCCAAAGCUCGUGUGGGUGCUACAGCAUAUCCCUUCGAGCGAACAGGAAUUGAUUAUUUUGGACCAUUGAUGGUGAAAGUAGGAAGACGACACGAGAAGCGUUGGGGCGUCCUAUUCACUUGUAUGGCGACAAGAGCUGUACACUUGGAGGUAGCUCAUUCGCUGACUACUGAUGCGACUAUUAUGGCAAUCCGACGACUGGAGAGCACACAUGGACCCAUUAAGGAGAUGUUUUGUGACAAUGGAACAAAUCUGAUCGGAGCUGACAAUGAAUUUCGCCAGUUAUAUGAAGCUCUCGAUGAAUCUCAUAAGCUGACGGAUGCUUGCUCUACAAGGAAGAUUAAAUUCAGCUUCAACCCACCCUCAUCACCGCACAUGGGAGGAUCAUGGGAACGUUUGGUGAGCCGACCUUUGACGUAUGUUUCGGUUGAUCCAAAGGACAACACUGCAUUGACUCCAAAUCAAAUUUUGAUCCCCAAUACUGGAGAUUCUGAUGACAACCGACCGAUCGGCACAUUCGAGGACCGCGAUCUCAUAAUGCGGAAGGCAUGGAGACGUGCGCAGUAUCUCGCUGAUUUGUUUUGGCGCCGUUGGAUCCGUGAAUACCUACCGGAGUUGGCACGGCGAACAAAAUGGUAUGAUCCCUGCCCCCCGAUCGGAAUUGGAGACAUCGUGGUGGUGUGUGAUCCGCAAUUGCCCCGCAACAAAUGGCCCAUGGGCCGCAUUACUGAUGUUUUUCCCGGACCGGACAAGAAGAUUCGUUCGGCCAAUGUACAGACGAAGGAAGGAGUUUAUCAUCGCCCUGUAGCGAUACUGGCUCGAUUGGAUGUUCAAAAGGAGAUUGAUACUUAGAAAUAAGAAAUGAUGAUUGUUAGUUCUUAGAAAAGGUGUGGGUGCAGGUGCACCAGAAGGGGGAAAUGUUGAGGAUUGAAUAGCCCCUUAUAGUUCCUUUGGGGAAAUUGAUAGGUUUAGUUUAUAGUUAAUCGCAGUAGGCGUAUUCUUGCAGAGAAAAAUAAGUGAAGUCAAAGAGACGCUAAGAUAAAUUUGUGAAAAUCAUAUAAAAAAGUAAGUAAUUUGAAAAUAUCUAUGCAAAAUAAUGAAGAAUAUGUAGUAAUAGUUUAAAUGAUUUCAUAGGAAUUUGUCGGCGCCAAAGGAUGGCAAAAAUAUUGAGUGAUUAAGAUAGCUGAUUGAAGAAAGGUAAAAAUGGUAGAUAAUAUAUAUAUGUAAUGAACGAAUGUAGCUAAUUAGAAUUAAUUUUAAUAGGAUUUGAGAAAGGACAAACGAUAGGCGUGCAGGGAUAAUUAGCGGCUAGCUAACAAAAUAGGUAAAAAUAAUUUGAAGCACAUUUAGAAAGAAUUUAAUCAGAAGAAUUUGUUCCAGAAUCCCUCACAUACUUUCGCCAUUGGACCUCAUUUGCCUAAUACAACUCAUUUAUUUGCCAUCCUUGCCACCCACCCACACCGUAGAUUAACUUUGGAAAUAAAAUAUAAAUACAGUC